AUGCCACACCUCAUUAACCUCAGUCAGGUUACGUGCGCACGCGCCCAUCUGCCCAUCUCCUCCCGCCUCGUAGAAACUACUCGCUCGGCCGGCGACCGAUCGAUGGCGGCCGCGGCGGCGCUGGGACCGGAGCUGCUGGAGGAGGCGCGGGCGCCGGGGUUCGCGGCGUGGCUGCGGGGGCUGCGUCGCCAGAUCCACCAGCACCCGGAGCUGGCCUUCCAGGAGCACCGCACCUCCGCGCUCGUGCGCGCCGAGCUCGACGCCCUCGGCGUCCCCUACGUCUGGCCUAUCGUGCGCACCGGCGUCGUGGCCACCAUCUCCGGCGGUGUUCCGGGCCCCGUGUUCGCGCUCCGGGCCGAUAUGGACGCGCUCCCCAUCCAGGAGAUGGUGGAGUGGGAGUUCAAGAGCAAGGAGGACGGCAAGAUGCACGCCUGCGGCCACGACGCGCACACCGCCAUGCUCCUCGGCGCCGCCAAGUUGCUCCAGUCCCGCAAGGACGGCCUCGCGGGCACGGUGAAGCUCGUGUUCCAGCCGGCGGAGGAGAGCCAUGCCGGCGGGUACCACGUGCUUCAAUCCGGCGUCCUGGACGACGUGGCCGCCAUCUUCGCCGUGCACAUCGACACGCAUCUCCGCGCUGGCGCCGUCGGGUCCAGGCCGGGGCCGUUCCUCGCCGGGUCGGCCCGCUUCAAGGCCACCAUAACAGGGAAGGGCGGCCAUGGCGCCAUGCCGCACGCAGCCGUCGAUCCGGUGGUGGCCGCCUGCUCCGCCGUGCUCAGCCUGCAGCAGCUCGUCGCCCGCGAGACGGACCCGCUCCAGGGCGCGGUGGUCUCGGUGACCACCAUCAGGGGCGGCGAGACCUUCAACGUCAUCCCGGAGUCCGUGACGCUGGGCGGCACCUUCAGGAGCAUGACGACGCCGGGGAUGCGGUACCUGAUGAGGAGGAUCAGGGAGGUGGUCGAGGGGCAGGCGGCGGUGGCGCGGUGCGCGGCCACGGUGGACUUCAUGGAGGAGGAGCUCCGGCCGUACCCGGCCACGGUGAACGACGAGGGCGUGUACGCGCACGCCAGGGCGGUGGCGGAGGGCAUGCUCGGCGCCGCGAACGUCAGGCUGUCCCCGCAGAUCAUGGCCGCCGAGGACUUCGGGUUCUACGCCGAGAAGAUCCCGGCCGCCUUCUUCGGCCUCGGCGUCCGCGCCGGCGGCGAGGAAGACGAGGUGCACCACGUGCACACGCCGCGCAUGGUCAUCAGUGAGGACGCGCUCCCCGUCGGGGCCGCCCUACACGCCGCCGUGGCCAUCGAGUUCUUGAGCAAGCGCGCGCGUGCCACGGCAUCGCCUCCCGUGGCUGCGUAG